AUGAUCGUCACUUCUCUGCUACUCGUCAUCGUCGACCCCCGAUUCACGCAGCACCGAGUUCCAACUCCCUCGGCACGAGACAGGAUCGUCCCUCUCCGACCCUCACUCGUAUCUUCUUCUUCUUCUUCUUCUUCUUCUUCUUCUUCUUCUUCUUCUUCGGAUCAACCAUCCUGCGCCAGCAGACAACAACUACCGCAAUGGAGGAGCUCCUCACCCUCAAACUCAAGCAACAAAUCCCCUGCAUCUCCCUACCUCCUUUCCAGGAUCCGAGACUACGAGCAGCGUCACAAGCGCUGCGAUCCCCACUCCGAAUCCUUCCUACGAAACUCUCAGGAACUCGUCAGGGUGAACAAUUCCCCUGACGCCCUGCUGACAAGAAGCGAAGACCUAGCGCCCGAUUGCAGAUACAUCGUGUGGGUGCCGGUCAACGGACUGGGGAACAGAAUGCUGAGCCUGGCCUCGUCUUUCGUCUACGCUCUCCUCACCGAUCGAGUCCUCCUCGUCGAUUUCGACGAUUCCAUGUCCGGUCUCUUCUGCGAGCCGUUCCCUGACCACGCGACCUGGCUCCUCCCAGGCGACUUCACUUUCAAGGGCCGGUCCAACGGUGAAAAAUUCAGGGGAGUUUACAGCCUGGGGAAGCUGUUGGAGAAGAGCGAGAAGAAGCAUGACGAGGAAAUUGCUGUACAAGCCACCGCGCUCCUCUACCUUUACCUCUCCGGAGACAACAAUUACGACAUGCUUUUCUACAGAGACGACACUCAGAAGCUCCUGACGAACGUCCCCUGGCUGGUCCUGAGAUCGGACCAGCACUUCGUCCCUUACUUCUUCGUGAUGCCCGGCUUCAGGGCGGAACUGGACCGACUGUUUCCCGACAAGGAGGCGGUUUUCCAGCACGUGGGGAGAUACCUGUUUAGCCCGACGAAUCGUGUCUGGGGUCGCGUCGCCAGAUUCUACGACACUUACCUGGCGAAGGCAGAGCAGAGGAUCGGGCUCCAGGUCAGGGUAUUCUACCCUGACAAAACCCCUGCUUCCCUCAUGCUGCCGCACAUCCUGAGAUGCGUGCAGGUGGUGUCGGGAAUCCUGCCGCGAUUACAGCAAAACGAAACCAAUGCUACUUCCUCCGCUACUAGAAGCAGGACUCUGAAAGCGGUUCUUGUGGCAUCGCUCCUGGAGGAGUUCUACACGGAACUGAAGGACAUGUACUGGAUGAGGCCGGCGGCUGACGACGGGGAGGGAGGAGGAGGAGGAGUGGCGGUCGGGGUUUAUCAAACGAGCCACGAAGGAUGGCAAGAGACUGGCAACGGCGCCCACAAUGUGAAGGCGCUUGUGGAUAUAUAUCUGCUGAGCAUGUGCGACGUGCUGGUGACGAGCCAUUUCUCGACGUUUGGGUACGUGGCGCAUAGUCUGGCAGGGUUGAGGCCCUGGUAUUUGCAGAAUCCUGGCGACUACGAGGCGAAGCGGAACGAGCCAGCUUGCGUGCGGGCGGUUUCGCCGGAGCCGUGUUUUCAUUUCCAUCCUUAUUAUGAUACCAAUAGUGCAAAUCAUGGCGACGCGGCAGGAGGCGGCCCUGCUCCUGUAAUUAUGAACUGUGAAGAUUACGAAUGGGGAUUCAAGCUUGCGAAUCUCAAGUAUUGA